GCUCUUCUAUGCGGGCACUGUUCUCGUGUCGGCGUUGCAUCCAGACAGUCCCUUCCAGACACCAGGGUCAGAGUUAUUUGUAACCAUCUGCCAAAAAAUUCUUCCAGACAAAUCGACGUUGACUCGUAACAUAUUUGCUAAAUCAUCCGCUAUUCGCUGGGUGCUGGAGACAUCAACGAACCCUGAAAUUGUCGAGGCUGCGGCUGCGAUGAUACCUUUCGUGCAGUGGUCGCCGAACCGUGAUGCUUCAGCAGCCUUCGCACGUUUACGUGAUAUUUUCAUGGGGUGUUGUGACAGGGAAGGGCUAUAUGUAAAGUAUGGCAAAGCUCUGGCCCAUCUUUGCAUCCAGUCAGGUGAAAAUCAACGAGGAGCUUCUGGUGUUUCUUUGGGAUGAUAAAUUUCAGCCAACCCAAGGACAAAGUCGUUUCAUUCGUGAUGCGUUUAUCGCCGGACAGGGCCGCCUAUUAUCAGCUCAAGAAUCCACAGGAAGAGGACGUUCGACCGAAGCAUCGAGCCGGUGUACGCACUGCUCUGAGAACAAUGCUUGUUCACGGACGGUCCUAUCAACUUUCACGUCCGGACGAUGAACAAUUGAUUUGGCAUGGUGAUCUAUGCUGGCAUCACAGCGACGAGCGUGAGCCAAGGUGUGAAGAAUUUGAUUGGCUCAUCGACUACCUGGCGGGUGAUGCAGAGCAUUGUACAGACAAUGACACAGAAGGUGAUGCUUUGCUUGUACUGAGCGCCAUGCAUGGACUAGGGAGCUCUGUCAAGCGACGGUCCUACAUCAGCUCGCUUAUUCGCUGUAUGCACUCCACCAGACCUCCACGAGUCCGACAUACCGCGCUCAGAGCUGUUUUUGAAGCUCGAGAAGAACUGGCUUCUAUGACAAGUGCCUCGAUGCCACCGGGUGUCGAUGCACGACUUCUGAAUGAGCUUUCCCGCUCUCUUUUAACUGCUGUACGUCCUAAGAACAGCCAGAUAACCCACGACACUGGACCCGACGCCUCUUUCCACAUCGAUCGAGAUUCUUGCUACAUCCGCAUCAUCUGUGCCCUGAUGAAGAACAACGAGUGGUAUCAACGUCUGACCCGUGAUGGCCAUCUUGACCGGUGCAUUUCUCUACUUGACGGAUUGUAUCAAUAUUGUCAUUUGAAUGCCGGAUUCUACCUUCUUGUGAUUUUCGGGCGCAUCAAGUCCUCGGGCAAGGAUCUUCCUUUCGGUCCUGCCCAGGAGAGGUGGCGGCGAUUCAUCACACACAUAUGGAACUUCGUGCAACGUUCCGUAAGUUUCAACGGCGAUGUCGAUGGAAUACCAGCCUUCGUGGCAGCGACGAGGCUGAAUUUGACAGCCGCGGAUGAUGGUGUUCCGUGGGAAUGGUUGGCAGAUCUCUCUACAAAGGUGCAUGGAGCUUUGGUUAAUUUGCGGCAGAGCCAAGCAUACUAUGUGGAUCGUGGUAUAGCCCAGGCUGCAAUUAACGGUGCACUAUCCUCUAUUCAGGGCUUGGAUGACGAGCUGAGUCGUAUGGUGGAAUAACAGAAUACAUUGCAAAAGGAUAAUCGAACUUCAGGAUUGU